AUGAAAAAUCUUCUAAUUCUGGCAAUUAUUAGCCAGCUGUGUAUUUACGUCAACACGUCAACUGAUCCUAUAUUCAAAAAUGAGGAUAAAAUUUGUGACUUUGUUGGAACACACACGGACUUAACCCCUACUUUCGUGCAACGUAGAACGAAACAAUGUAUCUGUCAGCCUGGAUUCUAUGGACAUCGAUGUGAAAAGAUCUAUAAAUGCCGAAGUGGGCGUCCGAUAAACAUAAGUUGUUAUAACCCAGAAGAGCAGUAUGCUCGUCAUGCAGUACUGAGAUGUAUCAGAGGACAAGUUGACCUCGAAGUUUGUGAGUGUUUUGUUGGCUACACUGGAUUCUUAUGUCAGAAAGCAGAAGUUAUCGCUAAUCCAGAGUACGCCGACCUUCAGACGAUGGAACAUGGCGUAGUGCACGAUGGCUCUGAAAAAAUUAAUGAGAAGGAACUCAAAGAAAGAUAUGAUUUUAUGGUCAGAGAUCUAUAUGAAUCGCGUUGCCACAGUGAUAUUCUCAAUGACCCUAUUUUCAAAUUUGUCAUCCUGCCUUCAAUAUUAUUGAUUCUUCUCUGUAUUUGCGUCAUUUGUGUGAGGAAAUUGAUCAAAAAAUGUCGAAAAUCGACAGGAAAAUACAUCUCCGUGAGUACAAUCCCCGUGCCGGAUUCUGAGUCUGCUCCCCCUCCAUAUCAACAGGUUGAACACGAUCUGGUCAAAUCAUAUUAUUCAAAGAAAGAGUCAUCAAGAACGAGUACAGAAAGCUCGGAUGAAGCAUUACCGAUGCCUCCCAGCUUAAGACCAUAUUUACAUGUAUGA